AGUAAAAACAUCUAUAGUAGUACUUUUGUUUUUUCUUCCUUUCUUGAAAUCCUUCUUUAGAAAAGACUUAAUUUUUUUCAAUUUUUUUUUUUGAAUAUGAAUGUUUCAAAGUUCAUCAAAUGUGUGACUGUAGGUGAUGGAGCUGUUGGAAAGACAUGUAUGUUAAUUUGUUACACAAGUAACAGAUUUCCCACUGAUUAUAUUCCUACUGUGUUUGAUAAUUUCAGUGCUAAUGUGUCUAUGGAUGGAAGAAUUGUCAAUUUGGGAUUAUGGGACACUGCAGGUCAAGAAGAUUAUAGCAGAUUAAGGCCAUUAAGCUAUAGAUGUGCUGAUGUAUUUGUAUUAGCUUUCUCUUUAAUCAGUAGAGCAAGCUAUGAAAAUGUUCUAAAAAAGUGGAUGCCUGAACUUCGUCGUUUUGCACCUGAUGUUCCAAUUGUACUUGUUGGAACAAAGUUAGAUCUUCGAGAUGACAACGGACAUCUAGCUGAUCAUAUGGGUUCAAAUAUCAUUACACCUGCCCAAGGUGAGGAGCUAAGGAAACAAAUCGGUGCUGCAGCUUAUGUAGAAUGCAGCUCUAAAACACAACAGAAUGUGAAAGCUGUUUUCGAUACUGCAAUCAAGGUUGUGCUUCAACCUCCUAGGAGGCUGGAGGUUUCAAGUAAGAAAAGGCACAGAAGCACAGGCUGCUCAAUUGUCAGGGGGAUCGUAUGUGGAGGUUGUGAUGCUGUUUAGCAAAACGUUAGGUGGAUUUCGUGUUAUAUUAUUUCAUAAGAUUAUUAAAACGAGCUUGGGACUGAGGCGUAGUUGGUUGAUGCAAGUUGUUGGUGGUGGUGGCAUCAGAAGGAAAUUAGCAUUUUCUACUUGAUGAUUUGAAAUAUCUUUAUAUGGCUUAGGCAAAGUUGUUCUUCAUAUAGCAUCUGUUUUGUACCAUAAACUAGAUGUAUAAAAGCACAGGGAAUUUGUUGAUUCCCUCAUUGAUAUGUGUAUGAUAAUUUAUGUUGCUCGGAUUCAUUCAAAAAUAUUGUCAGUUUUGUUUCA